AUGCGCAAGACCACCCUAGUCUUGGACACGCGCCUGGUCCCCAGACACUGCCACAUCCGCGACAGGCAGUCGUACCUCGAAGAAGAAGAAGAAGGAAAUCUUUCCGAUCAAAAAUUUCCCAAAAAUGAAAAUUUGGUGUUGUGCUUUGACAACAAGCAUCAGCGCACAGCCAAGGCACUGCCGUUUAAGAACUCUGCCUUUCAGACCCUAAAAAACAUGCAAAAAUGCAAACAGAGCAAGCUGUCGACGGGGGCUCUGAAGAAGGUGCGCACACUCAAGUCUGUAUUGCAGCACGACCGAGGCCUCAACUAUCCGACAGGCGCACCCACCUACGAAAACGUGCGAGUCCCAAUCAACCUCAAGCCCUUGGUCAAGUACUGUGAUCUCACUGGUCUCUUGGCCAAGUAUACCGAUCCACGAACUCGGUUACAUUUCUAUUCAAAGGAGGAGUACCACAUUAUUACCCAGCUGUCGCGCGCAGCCGUACACGAGCUCUUGGAGCUACGCGGCGCCUCCACGCAACAUGUUCAGACUCUCUAA